CUCGCGAGACCGCGCCCGGCUCGGAGGGAAACGUUCAAACAGGGCAGAGUCGUUGGUCCCGCGGCGCCUGUUCGGCAAAGUGGACGAUUAGUGACCGUCGCUGAUCCAAGCGAUGAUCUUGGAUUUCAUACACAUUUUGUGAAGAUGACAUCUUUGGAAGAUGUAUCACUGCAGCUGAACAAUAAGAUAUCUUCCAUCAAAAGAUCACUGCAGCUGAAGAGCAUGGGUAAUGACCCUUCCCUUGCAACAAUGCUUCAGAAGAUUGGACUGGAAUUAGCUGGCAUUCAGAAUAAUUUAGAUACAUUUCAAGCACAGAUACUGCGACAGCAAACUGAAAUGAAAUCCCUUAAGGAUCUGAAGAAUUCAGUCCAGAAAAAUUCUGAAAUAGCACAUCAUUUAUUGGAAAAUAUUCCAGCUCAUCUUCCAAAGAAAGCUGCAAUGAACAGUACAGCAGAUCCACAAGAUGACAAGGUUAAAUGGGAUCCUGUUCAACCUCUACCUGAAAAAAAACCUGCCAAACCUAAGCAUUCUGUUCAUGAAAUAGAGUAUCUUUUAAUGGAGGAAUUUAACCACGUUCCUGGAUACAUGAAAGGUCGUAUGACCUAUGAUCAAAUCAACGCUGUCAUCCAUGAGCUUAAUGCCGCUGUCAAAGCGAAGUACAAGAUUCUACACCAGCCACUGAAAGCCAUGGCUAACAUCACCCGUAACCAGUACAAUGCUUUUAAACAGCAGGAAACAAAGGAAACCAAAGGUCAGUAUUUCUUUGUAGAAGCUGACAUAAAGGACUUCACACGUCUUAAAGUUGACAAGAAACUUCAGGGAAUCUUCAGUAUUCUGCGACAUUGCCACCGAUUGCGGGAAGUCCGGGGAAAUCACCUUGUGCGUUAUGUGCUACUUUAAGGCAAUUGUGAAUUACGUUGGUAUUCUUUGGGCAUAUGAAUGCUAAAUAUUAAAUGAGCAACAUGGCAAUCAUAUUGCAGCGAGGAAAAUGUAUUAGCUUUAUUAUUGUUUCUCUCCCAGCGAUAUCCCAGUGUCACACAUGACUUUAAAGGUUCGUAAAACUAAAAUCUACCCUGAAUAAUCUCUUUCCACAGUUCCUUUAUAAUUUAAGACAGUUUGAAGAAGCGGUCUCAAGUCCAUAAAAUCCAAUCUAAGUCACACAAGCCUUGACAAAAGUUGGCAAAUAUGUGCAAAUGAAGUAAAAAAUAUAAUUUCCUAAUUAUGUUUUAAAUGGAUAACGCAAGAUUCAAUUGCUACCUCAGAGUAGCAAAAUGCAAUUAAGUAAAAGGGUAGUUAAUCUUGUGUUUUGAUGGCCUGUACGCUGCAUGUAAACUGAAUUUAUAAUUAGUAUGCUGAAAUUAGUUUUGUUGAGAUAUGUUCCUUAAUGUAAUUCCAGAUAUUUUAGCGAGCUACAAUACCUGAUUAGAUUAUUUUAAAAUUCUGUUGCUCACUGAACAAAAUUUAGUUACACUGUGUGGUAUUUAUAUUUUUAUGAAACAUACAUGUUAUUCAUCCAUAUUUUGACAGCUAAUAAUUAUACAAUCAGUAUAAUGAGCAUUAAAUUUUAUUAUGAAAUUAGAAGUGAACCAGAUUUGAGCACCUGCAUUGGUAAUGUGAAAGCCCUCCUGGUGUCAAUAAUUCAAUUUUUGGAUUGUCUUUCGGCCUUCUCCAUAAUUUGGCUAGCCAGCCCAAUCCCCAAUAAGACAUUCUGUCUGAAAUCAGUCGGAUGAAGGGUCUCGACCCAAAACAUCACCCAUUCCUUCUCUCCAGAGAUGCUGCCUGUCCCGUUGAAUUACUCUAGCAUUUUGUGUCUACCCCCAACAAUUCAUGUCAAGCUUUAUAAAAGAAUCAGAGGUGCUCGGGUCAUAUGGGACAAGCUUAUAGCCGUGGGCAUUUUUCUAAAUAAAUGUAUUUGUCAACAGUG